GUGGUACUGUGAAGGGAAGGAGCUUGAAAACUCACCAGACAUUCAAAUUAUCCAGACAGGUGAUCAGCACUCACUGGUUAUUGUUGAAGCUUUUGAGGAGGAUACAGGACGUUACUCGUGCUUUGCUUCAAACAUCUAUGGAACAGACUCCACUUCUGCAGAGAUUUAUAUAGAAGGAGUGUCUUCUUCUGACUCUGAAGGUGAAAUCAAAGACGAAAUGGAUCACAAACCAAAGCCAGCUGACACCUCCUCUAACGUAGCAUCUCCUGCUGUUAGAACCGCAACCAAGCAUCAAGAAACCUCCAAAGCACCUUCUGCCACGGUUCAGCCUGUGUCUGUACCUGUCCAGCCUGUGCCAACACCAGUUAACCAGGCUCAAAGCCCCACUAACUACUUGCAAGGACUGGAUGGAAGACCUAUAAUUGCUGCUCCUGUAUUUACAAAGAUGUUACAGGAUAUUUCAGCUUCUGAGGGGCAGCUUGUUGUCUUCGAAUGUCGGGUGAAAGGAGCUCCCUCCCCAAAGGUAGAAUGGUACAGAGAAGGAACACUGAUAGAAGAUUCUCCAGAUUUUAGGAUAUUACAGAAAAAACCACGAUCUAUGGCUGAACCAGAGGAGAUCUGUACUCUCGUUAUUGCUGAAGUGUUUUCAGAAGAUUCUGGCAGUUUCACCUGCACGGCAAGCAAUAAGUACGGCACGGUAUCUAGUAUAGCUCGCCUCACUGUCAAAGCAUCUGAAGACAGCAGUAACACCGCUACCCUUCACACAACAAGCUCAAUCAACUUAAUUGCUGCUGAACAUCAACCUUCCCCAAGUACUCCUUCCCAUCAGGGAGUACAUCAAGCCCCCAAACCUAAACUCGAAGGUGUUCUCGUGAACCACAACGAGCCCAGAUCGAGUUCCAAGAUAGGUCUCCGUGUGCACUUCAAGCUGCCCGAAGAUGACAAAGGAAGCGAAUCAUCAUCAGAGGAUGGACCUGGUUCGACAAACCAGGUCAGACCCAACCAUUUCCAGGAGAGGAUAAACGGACAGCCAAUGAAAAUACCUGAGCCAACAUCACCAUCCAAGGAACCACCCCCCGUCCUGGCUAAACCAAAGCUCGAUCAGACACAGUUAAAACAGCUCCACAACCAGGUCUUGCUUGAGCAGCAGCAGGUGCACCAGGCAGCUAUGAGAGAGUUGUCAUUCAGCUCAGCUUUACUGAAUUCUGCUACUUCGCUCCACCAACAGUCCACCUCAACCACGUACAAACAAAGCAAAGCCUCUGCCUCGCAGACGUUCGGCUACACCCGACCUAAGCAGUUCCUACCCCCACAAACCACACUGCCUGCCACCUCCUCUCCUGGCUCCCCAGUUACAACGCUCAGCAACAUCCCUCAAGGAACUCAAAGAGCAAAUAACAAGGAAAAUUUCACAGGAAAUCCUCCGCCAGCCCAAGCAAGGUCUGCAGGAGGGUUUCCAAGCAAAAGCGAACAGUCUCUACUGAGCCCUAAAGAAUCCACGGUGCCUCCGCUAACACUUCCCACGUCUAAUGCAAAACAGUUCCAGCCACAGAGCGUGACUCCUGCUCCUGUCUCCCCAACCGGCCGGAUCCAGAACCCAGUAGCAUUUCUUAGCGCUGUUCUUCCUUCAUUUCCUACCGCACCAUCAACCAAUGCCAUGGGGCUGCCCAGAAGUACACCAGCCACGCCUGCCCAGGGUUUAACAAAGAAAAAUCUGAAGCCACUGCCAUUAGUAACAGAUGAUUCUAUUCGGGAAAACAAAGCAGCGCUUGUAAAGGACCUGGAAAGAAAACUGCACUUCAGAGAGGAUGUUAAUCAACAGAGCAGUCAGCAGGAGUACAGGAUUUCAAGCUUUGAGCAGAGGCUGAUGAACGAAAUAGAAUUUCGCCUUGAGCGUACACCGGUGGAUGAAUCGGACGACGAAAUCCAACACGAGGAAAUCCCCACAGGCAAAUACAUAGCGCCGAUCUUUGAUAAGAGACUCAAGCAUUUUCGGGUAAUGGAAGGAUCUCCUAUCACAUUCACUUGCAAAAUAGUUGGGAUACCCGUUCCCAAGGUGUACUGGUUCAAGGAUGGAAAGCAGAUUUCAAAGAAAAACACGCAUUUCAAAAUGAACAGAGAAGAAGAUGGAACGUGUUCUUUACAUAUUGAAGCUUCUGCUAAUGAUGAUGAUGGCAACUAUACGAUUAUGGCUGCAAACCCACAAGGCAGAAUCAGUUGUUCAGGCCACCUGAUGGUGCAGAGCAUCCCCGUUCGGGGCCGAAUAUCAACGGUUCAGCCUCACAGAGCACGGCCCAGGGUGCCAGAAGGAGACAAAGAGGCAGUUCAAGAACGCUUUUUCAGGCCGUACUUUCUACAGGCUCCAGGUGACAUGGUAGCACACGAAGGGCGCCUUUGCAGGUUGGACUGUAAGGUGAGCGGGUUACCAACUCCAGACCUGACGUGGCUGCUGAACGGCAAACCUGUGCUACCGGACGGCACCCACAAGAUGCUGGUCCGAGAGACAGGAGUUCACUCUCUACUUAUCGAUCCCCUCUCACAAAACGACGCUGGAACUUACACCUGCCUUGCCACUAAUAAAACAGGACAAAAUUCAUUUAGUCUGGAGCUCACUGUUGUAGCAAAGGAAGUAAAAAAAGCCCCCAUGUUUCUGGAGAAGCUUCAGAACUGUGGUGUUCCUGAAGGGUACCCCGUUAGAUUAGAAUGCAGGGUUGUGGGAAUGCCACCACCCAUAUUUUACUGGAAGAAGGACAAUGAAACGAUCCCGUCGAACAGAGAGAGGAUGAGCAUGCAUCAAGAUACGACAGGGUACGUAUGCCUCCUCAUUCAACCUGCCAAGAAAGCAGACGCUGGCUGGUACACCUUGUCUGCAAAGAACGAAGCCGGCAUCGUCUCUUGCACUGCGAGGCUUGACAUAUACGCUCAGUGGCACCGUCAAAUUCCACAACCGAUAAAGCUUCGACCAGGUGGCAGUUGGUAUGCAAACCUUACCGGUCAAGGACUCGACAUUUUUUCUGCCUUCCCAACUACUGAAAGCCCCGUGAUGUUUGCAUCCGCCACCCAAAAGGUGGUGGAGAGUGAAGAACUCUGAAAAACAAAACAAUUGUUCCAUGUCCACCUGCAGAGAUACCAGAACUGUGGAGAAAAAGGAAAAAAAAAAAAAAAAGAGGUACAAGUCAA